AUGGAGGAUGCCCGCAAAGUUUUCAAUCAAAUGUCUGAGCGGGAUGUGUUUAGUUGGACUAGUCUGUUAGGUGGGUAUGCAAAACAUGGGGAGAUGGAUAGAGCCUGUGAGCUUUUUAAUAUGAUGCCUGUGCGUAAUGAUGUAUCUUGGGCUGUCAUGAUUUCAGGGUUUUUGGGAUGUGGAAGGUAUCCUGAAGCUCUUACAUUUUUCUGCAACAUGUUAUGCGAUGAUAGGGUUAAUCCUAAUGAGGCUGUUCUGGUUUGUGUUCUAUCUGCUUGUGCUCAUCUUGGAGCCUUAGAUCAGGGAAACUGGAUUCAUCUUUAUAUAGACAAGAUUGGAAUAAGGCAGAGCUCAAACAUUUCUACUGCACUCAUUGAUAUGUAUGCAAAAUGUGGAAGGAUUGAUUGUGCAAGUAGAGUUUUCAAUGGAAUUUGUAAACGUGAUGUUCUCAGUUUUACAAGCAUGAUUUCAGGAUUAUCAUAUCAUGGGCUUGGCAAGGAUGCUUUGCGCGUUUUCUAUCAAAUGUUAGAUGAAAAUGUGAUGCCCAAUGAGAUCACCAUUCUAGGGGUUUUAAAUGGAUGUAGCCAUUCAGGUCUUGUAGAGGAGGGUUCUUCAAUCCUGGCUAAUAUGGAAAGCUUGUGGGGAAUUGCACCCAAGAUUGAGCACUACGGGUGUUACAUUGAUUUGCUUGGUCGUGCCGGCUAUUUGGAGAGGGCACUUGAAGUUGUCAAAACCAUGCCCAUGGAACCAGACAUUGUUAUAUGGAGGGCUUUGCUUAGUGCUAGUAGAAUCCAUCAUAAUGUUAAUCUUGGGGAGCAGAUUAUCAGUCACAUUGGGCAACUGAAAUCUAGUGAUCAUAAUGGAGGUGAGGUGCUUCUUUCAAAUUUAUAUGCUUCUUUAGGAAGAUGGGAGAGGGUCACAGAAAUGAGGAAGCUAAUGGUUGAUAGGAGGAGUGAGUCAAGCCCUGGAUGUAGUUGGAUUGAGGUCAAUGGUCUUGUUCAUGAGUUUCGAGUUGCUGAUCAGUUGCAUCCCCAGAUUGUAGAGAUUCGAAACAAGCUGAAUGAAAUCUUGAAAAGACUAAGUCAAAUAGGCUAUUCGGCUAAUACAAUGCAAGUUUCAUUUGAUUUGAAUGAGGAAGAGAAAGAGCAAGCAGUGGCUUGGCAUAGUGAGAAGUUAGCUAUUGCUUUUGGACUGAUGAGUACUGAGCCAGGGACUUUGAUUCGGAUAGUGAAAAAUCUAAGGACAUGCGAAGACUGUCAUUCAGCUCUGAAGACCAUUUCCCAAGUUUAUGGCAGGGAAAUAGUAGUUAGAGAUCGUUCUCGUUUCCACACUUUCAUAGAAGGAGACUGUUCAUGCAAGGAUUUUUGGUAG